AUGGGGGAUAGGAAUAGAGAUGGGGACGUUGCGGCGGAUGAGACGACAGCGCUGCUGCGGAGCGAUUCCGAGGCCUCAGACCCCGAGCAGCAGUCAUACAGGACCAACCUACGCCGACAUUCCUCCGCCAACCUCCCUCCAUACCACGAAGACCCGACGUCGAAAGCCGGGGAUGCUGAACCGUCGUCGGCGCUGACCAUCUGGACGAUUGUCCCUGUCUCGCUACUAGGUGUUUUCGUCGCCAACCUCGACGGCAGCUUGAUCAUCGCAUCGAGUCAGCAGAUCGCUUCAGAGUUCAAUGCACUGUCCAGUGCGUCGUGGCUGGUUACCAGCUUUGUGCUUGCCCUUUGUGCCAGUCAACCUCUGUACGGCAAGUUGAGCGACAUCUUUGGCCGCCGAAGCAACUUGAGUGUGGCCUACAUUUUCUUCGCGGCGGGGUGUUUUCUUUGCGGUAUCGGUCGUGAAUACUGGCAUGUGGUCGCCGGACGAGCCAUAUCGGGCAUUGGAGGUGCUGGUAUGACGGCUCUGGUGUCUAUCAUCAUUGCUGAUGUGGUGCCCGUGAGAGAAGUCGCUACCUGGAGGAGCUACGUCAACAUUGCUGCCACAACAGGGAGAGCGCUCGGUGGACCACUGGGCGGCUGGCUCUGCGACACCAUCGGUUGGCGAUGGUGCUUCUACGGCCAAGUCCCUCCCACGAUUUUGGGUCUGCUCCUCAUCCUGUGGAAACUGCCCAACCGGACGCGAAAAACGACCGUCAAACCUGACGAGGAAGCCUCGUUCAAGCAGAAGCUGGCCCGGGUGGACGUCAUGGGCGCCGUCGCCCUGAUCGUCACCAUCAUCAGCUUCCUUCUGGCCCUGGAGUUCCUGAACGAGGAUCUCCCCGUGGGCUACGUCGUGGCUCCCGCGGUACUUUUCCUGGCAUUCAUGGCCCUCUUCUACAUCAUCGAGAGCCGCUGGGCCAAGGAGCCGAUCCUGCCCAUCGAGCUGCUCACCAGCCGGGCGACCCUGACAGCCUACCUCCUGGCAGGUUUACAGAUGACCGCGCAAUUCAGCCUCUUCUACUCGGUCCCCAUUUACUUCCAGAUCAUCUCCGGCUCGAGCGUCGGCGACGCGGGACUCCGCCUCGUGCCCGCCGUGGUGGGCAACGCCACCGCGGGCCUGCUGGCCGGCUACACCAUCUUCAAGACGGGACGGUACAAGCUCUUCACCGUGCUGGGCAACGCGGGCGGCUGUCUGGGCUAUCUGAUGGUCCUUCUCCGGUGGCGCGGCACAAUCCACCCGGCUGAGACGCUCUACAUUUUCCUCGGUGGCUUUGCCUCGGGCACAAAUCAGUCGACGACCUUCAUCCACCUCGCCGCGAGCCUGGAGCAGAGCAAGAUGGCCAUCGCAGGAACGACCCUGUACCUCUGCCACAACCUCUUUCUCCUGAUUGGCAUCCAGUUUUCCACCGCGCUCCUGCACGCCCGGUUGAGAGCCAGUUUGGAAUCGGGUCUGGAGGGCGUCAAACACAAGGCAAAAAAAAAGAAGCCGCUGAAUCGAAGAAGAACUAACGUGGCCAAAACCCGCCAAAACAGAUCAUCGAGUCCGCCGUCUCCAGCGUCAAAUCCAUCCGCCAUCUCCCGCCGCGGAUCAGGGAUAUCGUGCUGCGAGCCUACCUCGACGGCUUGA